CUCAGCUAUAUAUAUAUCCUCUCAGCAUAUCUUAUGCAACAAUCAAACAUAUAACAAAACCAGCAAAAGGAUGGAGCAGGGAGAUAUGGAGAAGAAUGACAAGGCCGCUACAACAGAUGAGCCCCAGUUAAACUACAGAGGAAUUAAAGCCAUGCCAUUUGUUAUAGGCAAUGAGACUUUUGAGAAGCUAGGGACCAUUGGCACCUCAACAAACCUAUUGGUCUAUCUCACUACCGUGUUCAACAUGAACAGCAUCACUGCUACACUUCUUAUCAACAUCUUCAAUGGUACCACCAACUUUGCUACCUUACUUGGAGCUUUCCUCUGUGAUACUUACUUUGGUCGUUACAACACAUUGGGUUUUGCCUCAGUCGCCUCUUUUUUGGGGAUGCUUGUACUGUGUUUAACAGCAGCGAUUGCAAAACUGCAUCCUCCCCACUGUGGAACUAAAGAGAUAGGGAAUUGCCCUGGACCAACACCAUGGCAAAUGGCAUUUCUAUUAAGCAGCCUGGGACUACUUGUUGUUGGGGCUGGUGGCAUUAGACCGUGUAACUUGGCCUUUGGUGCUGACCAAUUCAAUCCCAACACUGAAUCUGGAAAGAGGGGAAUCAGCAGCUUCUUCAAUUGGUACUACUUCACCUACACGUUUGCCAUGAUGGUAUCUUUAACAUUCAUUGUAUACGUGCAAUCCAAUGUGAGCUGGGCCUGGGGGUUGGCGAUUCCUACUUUCCUUAUGCUCUUGUCAUGUGUACUCUUCUUUGUUGGUACACGAAUUUAUGUGAUUCUAAAACCCGAGGGUAGUCCCUUGGCAAGCAUAGUGCAGGUUAUAGUGGCCGCAGUCAAGAAGAGGCAAUUGAAGUUACCAGAGCAACCAUGGCACUCCCUCUUUAAACAUAUUCCCACAAGUACCAUCAACUCCAAGCUUCCUUACACCGAUCAAUUCAGGUUUCUAGACAAAGCUGCAAUCAUAACCCCCGAUGACGAAGUAAAAUCUGACGGAUCAGCAGCCAAUCCAUGGAGACUUUGCAGUAUGCAGCAAGUGGAACAAGUAAAAUGCUUGAUGAGAGUGAUUCCCAUAUGGGUUGCAGCCAGUAUAUACUAUGUUGUCAUAGUCCAACAACAAACAUACGUAGUAUUCCAAGCCCUCCAAUUUGAUAGACGCCUUGGCAAUACCAAUUUCACCAUUCCUGCUGCCUCCUACAUUAUCUUCACCAUGCUUGCCCUCACUAUCUGGAUACCUGUUUAUGACCGUAUCAUAAUCCCAAUACUAAGAAGGUUCACAGGCAAAGAAGAUGGCAUCACAGUCCUGCAAAAGAUGGGUGUUGGCAUGGUUCUUGCUAUUAUGACCAUGCUUGUGUCAGCACUUGUUGAAGAAAGGAGAAGAACUUUGGCUAUAACUAAACCUGUGGGUAUAGACCCAAGAAGAGGUGCAAUCUCUUCCCUUUCUGGCAUGUGGUUGAUACCACAGCUAUCACUAGUAGGACUUUCUGAAGCAUUUACUCUCGUUGGUGAAAUUGAAUUCUACUACAAGCAAUUCCCAGAAAACAUGAGAAGCAUUGGCGGGUCUUUCUUAUUUGUUGGUCUUGCUUUGUCCAGUUACUUUAGUAGUUUCUUGGUGUCAGUGAUUCACAGGACUACUUCUGGAGCUGCAACUGGGCAAUGGUUGCCUGAAGAUCUUAACAAGGGGAGAUUGGAUUACUUCUAUUACUUGAUUGCUGCAAUAGAGGUCGUAAAUUUGGGUUACUUUAUAAUAUGUGCAAAGUGGUACAAGUACAAAGGAAGCGACACCAGUGUUCAUGAAGUUGACAUGGGAAAAAUGCAGUCCGAAAAAGAAAAACCUCUUGUUUGAAUCGUUAAAUAUGAGGGAAUAAAGAAUAGUCCCCCCAAAAAAUGGAAGUAGAAGAAGGAAAGUUAAACACCUAGAAUAAAAAAAUAAAUUGUGUUCUCAAAAGGAUUUUCGUGUUUAUAGGAUAAAUAUAUCUUUAUGAAAUAGGGCAUAGAAAAGGAAAGUUAACAGCAAUCUGUUGUAGCUUGUCGGCGUUGCAAUAAUGCAUGAUUCAAAAGGAGGUGGAUACUCAUUCUUCAUCAAUUUCCUCCCAUUUGCACCGAAAAGAAGACUUCAACUUUCCAUCAUGUUAAUUCAGAAGUGUUAGUUGUCAAAAUUAAUGACAGUUCACAAUGUAUUCCUUUCUGAGUUUCA